AAAUAUACUAGAUACAAAAGAAAACAAAACAAAAAUAAGACAAAUUAAUGAGCUAAAAGCAUAAAACAAAAAGUUCGAAAACAUCAAAACCCCGUUAGAGAAGCAACACCUUUAUCCUUCUCCUAGUGUUUUGUGACCAAACAUUUUCCCAGACGCCUCUUUUCAAUGACAUCGACUCCAGUUGUAGAAACACAAACCCUUCUCCUUGAUCCUUCUUAUGAAGAUAAUGACGUUUUCUUCCAACACAUAUAUGACCUGUUAUUUCACCAGCAUUCCUUUAUUAUGAGAGCUGAGGAUACCGUAACUGAAGCUGUAGCUAACAGCAACAUGAUGAAUUCCAACAACAGCGACAUCAAUGUACACAUGGCCGAGCACAUCCCCAGAAAAAGAUCAAGAAAAAGAGAUCAGCGUAUCAAGAUUAAUACUGCUCAAGGACCAAGGGAAAGGAGAAUGAGAUUGUCCGUUAAAGUUGCCCCGGAUUUUUUCAAACUGCAAGAUUUGCUAGGCUGUGACACGGCCAGUAAAACCCUUGAGUGGUUACUCAUAAAUUCAAAAGAUGAAAUUAAGAAGCUGGAAAUAGAGAAGAAGCACAGUUUCAGCGUUGGUGUCAAGGGUGCUUCUUCUACUUCUAAGUGUCAAACUGUGUCUGGCAUUGAUCCUGUGGCAAUUCAUGACAGAGAUCAGCAGAACAGUGUUUUGGAAGAGAAAACUUCGAAGAAAGAGAAGAAGAUUGGGCAGUCAGUGUUACGCAAGAGUGCAUUUCACCCUCUUGUAAGGGAGUCAAGGAAGAAAGCAAGGGAAAGGGCACGGGAGAGGGCAAGAGUAAAGAUGAGGAGUCGGGUAGAUGAAUCGAAGUUAUGUGAAGUGGCAAGCAAUUGUAACUUAAGCCAAUUAGGUUCUUGGAGUAAAUUUGAAUCUGGAGAAGAAUCUGGAACCCAAAGCCAUAACAUGAACACUUUUGAGCUAAGGGAGCUACCUGAGUCUGAAGAAGGAAGCGUUCACGCCGGAGAACAUUUAGGGGCUUCAAAAGCCAUGGUUGACGAUGAUUAUUUGCUGAUUUUCAAUUCUCACAAUACUGGAAUACUCCCGGAGCGUCAAUUUGCAGACUUUGAAUUCUUUGACGAACCAUGGGACGCCUACAAAUAAAAUAUGCUAACAAGGAUUAUCUCUCAGAUGCGUCAAGAGAAUAAACAUUUGAAGUAUGACAGAUGAUGCUUGCUUUCUUUUUGAAAUGUAAUAUAUAACAAAAGUAUCUCUCCUUGUGCAAUUUUUUCUUAACUAUCUCGUGAACGAUUGUUGUGCCUUUCUCUUUAUAAGAAUGUGUAUCUUUCUUUUGCUUA